AAUUAUUAGUCUUUCUAAAGAAAAAUAAAAAGAAACGUUUGUCCCUUCUCCUUUCCCUUUCUUCAUAUAAAUUUCACAGGGUUUAGAUUUGGGCAUUAUCUCACACUCCCUUCUGUAGUUUUGCUCAUUAAGCAGCUUUACUGAAGACCAAAAGAAAAGAAAAUGACAACCACCGCCCAGGAACACAAAAGAUGGAGCGACACCAAGAAAAUGGAAGGAGAGGAUAGCUUAAGGACUUUAGAAUGUCUAAGAGGAAGAUUGCUUGCAGAGAGACAAGCUUCAAGGGUUGCUAAAGAGGAAGCUCAACUCAUGGGUAAUAAGUUAAUAGAGCUAGAGAGCAAACUCAGAGAAGAAACCAAAUUGAGGCAUAAAGCUGAAAAGAAGCUUAAAUUCUUGAAGAAGAAGCUUGAGUCCUUGAAAUUUUCUCUAACCUUUGAGGGACUAGAUCUGUCGAGUUCAUAUGAGAAUUGUGGGUCUUCUAGCACAUCAUCUACAAGUAUUUCAGGCCUCAAAGAUACGGAGGAAUCUGCAUCCAAGGCUUGGGUUUCUCAACAUAUGAAUGAUAAUGCGCAAGAAACAACUGCAUCCAUUGAAGGGAGUUCAAGCAGUCAAGAUACUCUAGAUUCCAUCUCUGAUCCUAACCUCAAACUCAAAGAAGAUUCUCCGCUACACAAAUCUAGCUCCCAGUACGCUCCAAGUUGUCAAGAUUCAAAAGUAGAUUCUCACAAAUGAAUUGUGAUGGUGAAUUUCAGCUGUUCAACUUCAACUUUAGAAGCUGCCAAGGGAAGAAGUGAGAGUGAUACGGAGGACCAUGUGGAUAACUCAUUGGCAUUAGUUCCUGUUAACGUGGCUGCACCGACCAAGAGCAGUGAGUUGAAGAUAGUGAACAAAAGUAUUAGUGAAGUUCUUGAUGCUUUAAGACAUGCCAGAGAAAAGAUAGAGAGGUCAAUAGAUAGAAGAAACAUGAUUAGAGUUGGGCCAAGUUGAAUGCAUGUGUGUUAACAGUAAUAAUGUUAGUUAUAGAUAACACAUAUUUAGAAAGGUCCUUAAUUUUCGCACUGACAGGAAAUGGGCAAACAAAGAUUAGCAUUGUAUUUUUGAGACCACUAAGCAUAUAAUAAAGUUAGGUGAUUGUGAUAAUAAAAGAAACAUGUGAAGUGAAGAAUUCUUGGAGACUUGCUGUCUUCUGUCCAGAUGAUGCUUUAAGCUGGGUCCCAACAUUGUUGUCCACUUGCUGAUAUUUUGACAUCGUGAUGGGUUGAUGCCUGUGAUCUGCACUCACAUGUGUACGAUUUUUAGGCUUUACUAAUUUGCUUUCUGCAGUUUGCUGCUCUUAUUGUUACCUGCAUUAAUAGAAGCUUAUUCCUGGCUAAAGCCUAAAUGGGUAAAAAAGAAUGAGUUGUGUUUCUGUGAUAAACUUAGUCAAACUUAAGAAUAGCUUUUAGAAAGGUGGAUCAGGGCUGUGGUGACUCGAGUUGGCAAGUGGCAAGGAACCAUUUUCCACAGAAUCCCAGGAUUUUUGGAAGAAGUGCCCUCACCGAACGAGGUUUUUGCAAACUUGCAUAGAGGUUAAAAUAAUAUUUUAAGAUUUCAGAUAAUUUGGAUUAUGCACUCCAAAUUUGAUGCAAGCUUGUCCUAUUCUGAUGCAUUUUAUCGGUCCUUGGAGCCUCGUGAGUGAGCAGCCAAGCCUAGGAGUACCCUUCUUUUUUUUACCCCUUGAAAUAUAUAUGUAUAUUGAAUUAUUAUCGAUCAUGCAACGAUAUGUUGGCCUACCCGGU